AUGGCCUUCAAACAUUCCACUCGCGUAUUACGACGGACACAUCCGCACACUCCAUUUAUGGACGUUAUGGAUAAUUUUCCCACAACUUCGGAAAUCUUAAGUAUUAUUCAUGAUGGGCAAAGGAAUGAUCAUGCAAUCACCGAGAGCAUUGUCAAAGAACAGGAUGAAAUUGAAAGAUCCUCACGUUCUUCCAAUGGGGAAACCACGGAUCAAUCCCAUUCACACUCCCCAAUUACUCAACAAGCAUUUAAUGCUGCCGACGAUGGAGAUGAGUGUGUUAGAAGGAGAAGGGGAAAAAACACUAAUGAUGAUCAUUUCAAAAUUCGAGGUGUUAGUACUACAAGCAGUGGAUUAGGAGGAAUCGGGAAAAUCCCCAGUAAUACAAAUACAUUCGAUGGUACUGAUCUUUCCUAUGGAUCGAUCGAUAAGGUUAAAUAG